AUGAGUGAAUCAGCAAAUGGUAAAGAAAUUGAACCUUUGAAGACUAGUCAUGGCAAUAGUCUCACAAAGAGUGAAAACAUUGAGAAGGAAAAUGUAGUCAAUGAUGUUAUUGUUGUAUCGAAUAGGCUACCUGUAACUAUAAAAAAAAAUGCAGAAACUGGUGAAUAUACGUAUUCUAUGUCAUCAGGUGGAUUGGUUACUGCUCUUCAAGGUCUAAAAAAAUCAACCACGUUCCAGUGGUAUGGUUGGCCAGGUCUUGAGAUACCUGAUGAAGAUAAGGAAAAGGUUAAGGCUGAUCUUUUAAAGAAUUUCAAUGCUAUUCCUAUAUUUUUAAGUGAUGAACUAGCCGACCUACAUUAUAAUGGAUUUAGUAAUUCUAUACUUUGGCCGUUGUUUCACUAUCACCCUGGCGAGAUUAAUUUUGAUGAGCAAGCGUGGUUAGCUUACAACGAGGCCAACCUGGCAUUUGCUCGAGAGAUCCAGAUGAAUAUCAAGGAGAACGAUAUUGUUUGGGUUCACGAUUAUCACCUAAUGCUAUUACCCGAGUUAAUUAGGAACUAUAUCAAUGAAACCAAGAAAUUGCAAAAUGUGAAGUUAGGUUGGUUUUUGCAUACGCCGUUCCCAUCGUCCGAGAUCUAUCGUAUUCUUCCUGUAAGACAAGAGAUAUUGCGCGGUGUUUUAAGUUGUGAUUUGGUGGGUUUUCACACUUACGACUACGCUCGCCACUUUUUGUCUGCUGUUCAAAGAGUGUUGAAUGUCAAUACGCUUCCCAAUGGGGUAGAGUUUGGGGGCCGCUUUGUUAAUGUUGCCGCGUUCCCCAUUGGUAUAGAUGUUGAUAACUUUACGGAGGGUCUCAAGCAGGAAUCUGUUAUUGCUAGGGUUAAGCAAUUAAAGGAAACCUUUAAGGACUGUAAGAUAAUAGUUGGUGUUGAUAGACUAGAUUACAUUAAGGGUGUUCCACAUAAACUACAUGCUAUGGAGGUGUUUUUGAACGAGCAUCCUGAGUGGAUUGGGAAGGUUGUUUUGGUUCAGGUUGCAGUCCCAAGUCGUGGUGAUGUUGAGGAAUAUCAAUACUUGAGAACGAUGGUUAACGAGCUGGUUGGAAGAAUCAAUGGGCAAUUUGGUACCGUGGAAUUUGUUCCUAUCCAUUUCAUGCAUAAGUCUAUCCCAUUCAGCGAGUUGAUCUCUCUAUACUCGGUUAGCGAUGUCUGUUUGGUUUCUUCCACUCGUGAUGGUAUGAAUUUGGUCUCGUAUGAAUACAUUGCCUGUCAGCAGGAGAUAAAGGGCACCUUGAUUUUAAGUGAAUUCACUGGAGCUGCUCAAUCUCUAAACAGUGCGAUCAUAGUUAACCCCUGGAAUACGGAUGAGCUUUCCGAGGCAAUUCACGAAUCUCUAACUCUACCAACCGAAAAGAGAGAGGCCAAUUGGGAGAAACUCUACAAAUAUAUCUCUAAAUAUACGAGUGCUUUCUGGGGCGAGAACUUUGUCCAGGAGUUGCAAAAGCUGACUGCACAAAGGUAG